UCACUCUAUUAAAUAAUAAUUAGUAGCCACAAGUUACAACGAGUAACGCGAACGACCAACAUUUCGAUCGCAUUUCACUUCUCGAACACCCUUCAACAGUUCGACUUCAACUGUCACUCAUCAUACUCAUCAGCCUAAAGAACAGCGCAGAAAAAAAUAUGGAUCAAGUAAGGAAAGUGUUGGAACCUGGACACCAGUUUGCCAAAGACUCGAUUAGACUGGUUAAAAGAUGCACAAAACCCUGCCGGAAUGAGUUUCAAAAAAUUGCAGUAGCCACGGCCAUUGGUUUUUUCAUUAUGGGUUUCAUUGGUUUCUCUGUCAAACUUAUUCACAUUCCAAUCAACAACAUUAUUGUGUAA